AAACCUAAAAUUAAUUUAUUACUUUAUUAUCAUUGUUACGUAACAAUGGAGCGAUCUCAUGAAUGUCAGUUAUCAUCCAAGUUUUAAAUAGACUAAUUAAUGCAGUAAUAAAUAAUAGUGUUAAUUCGAACAACGUAAUAAUAGCCACAUACGAAUUAUAACCACAAUAUUUUUUCUGCAGUUCAAAAGUUUUUGCUUCUUCAAAGUAGUUUUUUUCAAUUCGCGAAACGUGUUUCACCGCGGUGAGGUGUUUCACGACAAAUUCUCAACCAAUUAAUAUUUUCAGCACCGACAUAACCUUAAAAUGCUUGCACGGUUUGACAAGCUCGACAUUUUUCAGUGGUUUUAAAAUAUACCAUUCCCCAUAAAUAUUCUGCUUGGAAUACUCCAGAAAUGUGAUUUUUGCUAGUUUCCAUCGACACGAACCUACAAGAUGAGCCUCUUUUCAAAAUUCUGUUUGACCGUUUUUGAAAUUCUGAAUGAACUGUACAUCGGAGUUGGAGCAGGGUUUGUAGGCAUGGUUGUGUUAAUCCAACAUGGUUACAAAACCAAUCAAUUAUUAAGGACCCUCAGCCUUGCAACAAUUUCCUUGGGUAGCCUAAUCUAUGUGUUUCAAUCAUCAAAAGAAAUGGGACACCCCUCACUGAAGAAAAUUAUAUUUAUUUCUGGAUGUGACUCUGGAUUGGGGUUUUCUUUGGCUAUUCACGCAGCGAAAAUCGGGUUCACCGUGGUGGCUGGGUUUCUAAGUCUCGAAUCUUCAGGAGCAAAGGAAAUUAAAGCGUUCCACAAAAAUAUUACUCAGAUAGAACUUGAUAUUACCAACAGUGAUAGCAUAUUUGUGGCUGUUGAAACAAUAAAUCGGUACCUGAAUACUAACCCUGCCUAUGAGUUUUAUGCGCUUGUCAAUAACGCAGGUGUAAUGGUUUUUGGGGAGUUUGAGUGGCAAACGGAAAAACAAAUACAUCAACAAGUUCACGUCAAUCUAAUUGGUACCAUGAGCUUGUCAAAAGCCUUCCUUCCGCUUCUGAGAAAAUACCAUGGAAGAUUAAUCAACAUUACUAGUCACUGUUCGUUCGCUUGUUUGCCAGGCCUUGCAGUAUAUGGAGCCACAAAAGCGGCUAUAAAAGCCUUCACUGAUGGUCUGAGAACUGAGCUGAGCAAAUAUAAUGUCAAAGUAAUCAUGUUCACGCCAGGUUCUUUUUUUACUCAGUGUAAUAUUAUGGCAAAACACGCAGAACAUGUACACGAAAUGCACAAAGCUUUCACCAGAGAACAGAGAUUAUUUUAUGAUGACUAUUUUCAACGAUACCAUUCAUAUUUAUUGGGUAUAAAUCCUCCAAAAAUCCCAAGUCCUAUCCAAAACCCGAUAUUAUACAAAAAAUUUGAAGACGCUUUGUUGCUGAAAACGCCAGAUGCAGCUUAUAAAGUCGAACCUGUGAGAUACGCUUUUUACCACUGGUUGUUCAAACUAAGUCCAACAACAUCUAUUCGAGAUUAUUUCAUUGGAAAAUUUAUGAGCAUGCCUGAGUACAAUAUUAAACAGAUCUGGUAGUUUUAUUUUCGUCUUAUUUUUAAUGUUAAUAAAGAAAUAUUUUAUCA